AAAGCAGAGUCUGAAACCUCCUAACAAAAAGCAGCACCUGAAGAGCAGCCGUCACUCGUCAAGAUCUGCCCCAGGAGAUGCUGUGCACUCUCUCUCAUGCCGUGGUGGGUUUGCAGAGGCAUCUGCACCGGUGAAUGGGAGGGACUGGCCUGGGAAGACACGAGAACCAACAUAAAGUUGGCUUAUCUUCAGCAAAGACUUUGGCACGUCUUGCUCUCAUGUAGUCUGCAGAGAUGAUUAUGCAUGUAGCACUAGCAGCUUUGAAGCCUUCAGUACAGCACUGGCUGCAAUGGGAAGUUUAUUGAAGCUUUGCCUGUGAUGGGUCCAGCUGGAAAGAGCUUUCUGAUGGCACAGCUGUGAGUGAAACCAGCACAACAUGUUCAGUGUUGAAGACCUUCUGAUAUCUCAUGGAUACAAAUUGUCGAAAAAUCCCCCUGUUUCAUACGAGAACAAAUAUGAUGGAUACCGGCAUGAAAUCGCGGGGAACAGAUCUGCUCAGAGAGCAGCACUGAAUGGGAUUGAAGCAGAAACCAGAGCUGGGGCCUACAGCAAGAAACCUCUGGUGAAAGCCAGCUCAAGCAGCACUGAAAGCAGCCAUGGGAGCCAAGGGAGGCAAGCAGGUCCUGGUUACCACCAUGACCUUCAGGGUUUGUCCACUUUUCAUACUUCAGAAGGGGGGGUUUAUGACAGGCCUCAUUUAGCAUGGUCUUCCCAGCCCAAGACUGAUAAAGACCUCACCUACUGGAGGAGACGAGGACAGGAUUUCAGUGUGCUACUGGGCUAUUCCCAGAAGGCCAGUGUGGAGAUGAAAGGCCUGGCUGCAGCCCCAGGGGCACCCCGCCACCCCAAGGAGAAUCAGCUGAAGGUGGGGACAGGUGCAGGGUAUGCCAGAAGAAGCGGCUUGCAGGAAAGCUGUGAAGUGUCCAGCGACUGCAGAUGGCAAAGUCUGGAAGUAGAGAGCUGGAACCAGCCAAAAAAGGUAGGGAGGCAAAUGUCCGAGGGUGACAGGGAGAAGCUGCUCCAAGAGCUGUAUUCGCUGACCUUGGGAGACAAUGUGCUCAGCACCCACAGCAGGGGGAAAUCUCAGUCGUUGCCAAGGGUCCUUUCACCUGAGAGCAUGAGGUGCGUGGAAAUGCCCUCCCUGACCAACAGUAACAGCUCGCUCAGCGUCACUAAAACCCCCUCCUAUCCCCCAAACAGACUGAGUGUGGAACCAGCCAAGCACCAUGGAACAGGAGGCAAUUUCCUUCCCCUGGUGAAGCCCAAGUAUGGGAGACCUCUCAAGCCUCCAUCCUAUGAACUGCAGCGGCAGACUAGGGCACCUGCAGAAACCGUGGGUUUCCAGGACCACUACCAGAAAGAGGAACCUAUCUCCUACUUAGCCAAAGUCAAUGAGCCAAGGCAAGAUGCUGGCAUUCCAGACUCUGGUUUGGAGCCCCCAGUGUAUGUACCUCCUCCUUCUUACAAAUCCCCACCUCACCAACACGUGACCCCACAUUCCCCCAGUGAAGUGCCUAACACCAACACGUGCGCCAGCAGUGAUCCACAGGGUCCUGCAGAGCGGGUUGUCCCCUGCCAACGACCAGCAAUGAAUACUUUUGAAGUGGGGGGUAACCCUUGCAAAGACAACCAUUUUCCUCAUGGGAAGCAAAGCCAUGCAAGGCGCCCUGCUGACCACCUGCGUUCCGUUCAGUAUAUUCCCUUUGAUGAUCCUCGGAUACGACACAUUAAAAUUGCACCACUGGAAGGUCUGCAGGGCAACUCUAACCACACUGAAAAUGCAUGUAGUCCCAGUUCUGGUGCUUUGCAAGAGAGAAAUCUUGAAGUACAGUACAACAGUGCCUUUGUGGAUGCAUCAAACUUGUCCAGUUCUGCAAAGGGAGAAAGAACUUCCGACAGCUCCACCCAUAGCAACAGAUGGUUGGCACCAUCCAUCCGAGAUCAGGAAAACUGUGCCUUGCCGGACCAAAGAGACAAUUGUAGAGCAACUAAUCACAGCCCCCGUAAUGAAGCCAGCACAGAGUACACGAAAGGCAAACUUUCUGUAAGAAAUUCACAUAUGGACAACACCUGUGAGACUGUUACAAAAGUGAAAAAGUUUGAACCUGGAACUGGGAUGCAGAGCAAAAAGAGUUCAAAGAAAAAAAUGAAUGAAACUAUAUUUUGUUUGGUCUCCAUCCCGGUUAAAUCAGAAUCCAAUCUGCCAGAUACAGAUAGGAACAACAACAUAACUCAGAGCCCUGAUAAGAAUAGGUUUGAUAACAAUGGGGCUUUGCAAGAACAAAGUCUCUUAAGUAUGUCUUCAACAGACUUGGAGUUACAAGCGCUUACAGGAAGCAUGACCAAUAAAAAUGAGUUACAAAAACAAGAGCUGUGGAGACCAGAAGAGUUCAAACAAAUGAAUGACCUCAGAUUUAUUCAGCCUACAAAACACAGAGAACUCAAAUAUUCUGGCUCCUGGCCAGGUGAUCAGUACAAAGACCAGCAGACACAGACAAGUUUCUCUGAAGAACCUGAGAGCCCAGAAUUUUUCCAUGGUACAAAGCCUGGGAAGCCUGAUAGUGGCAAACCACUAUCUCCAAAACUCCCAGGAUGUACAACAUCCACAGUGGGGACAAAACAGCCAGUGUCACCUUUUGAUGAGAGAGGUUGCAGGCAGAACAGUUACAGUAUGAAGGGCCAGACUCACCUCAGCCAGUCUAGCAACAGUGCAUUUUCUAGGACUGCCACCUCAGUCCUUCAGUCUCCCUCCCCAAAAGCCCACCAGAGCCAGCCUGGGGCUGUCCAAGAGAGGGAAAAUGGCCUUCUUUCCAAGGGAGAUGUAGUUAAGGGAGAACCAGGUGCUCCCUGCAACAGUACAGAACCAUUUGGGCAGUUCCUGUUGAAACCUGUAAGUCGCCGUCCCUGGGAUGCAAUAAGUGAGCUAGAAAGUUUUAACAAGGAGCUGCAAGGGCAGGAGGAGAGCACAAGCAGUGAAGAAGAUUUGGAAAGUGCUGCAGCUCCUCUGCAGGCAGGUGCCUUUAUGCCGAGGAGGGAGUCGAGAAAUGAGAAAUCAAACCAGGAGCCAAAACAUGGUGGGAAAUCAAAAAUGGUUGUGCCAGAGGUGCCUGUAAUUAGGUCAGGAAGGGUUAAAAGUAAGUCUGAAAGUUGGAGCAUGGGGACAGAGCAUGGUGGUGAGCCAAGAUGUGGUAGCUUUCAAGGCUCCUCAAAGCCAGGAGGGAACAGUGAAGGAGUCAGGCCAGCAGAUGGAAGUCUGAUAACAGAAAUGGGGAUGGGGGAAGCCAAAGGCAGAACAAGCAAACAGCCAAUUCAUGAGGGCCCUGUCAAAAGAGUUUUGUCCAGUAGCCCAAGUAGUACAUGUCACAGUAAUCCUUUCAAUAACCCUGUCUUGCAGGAGAUGAGUGAAGACCAAAAUUACCUAGACUUUGUUAAACUGAGCAAAGGUGCAACUCCCACAAAUGAUAGGGUAUUGGAGGAGUCAGUAGUUCGCUUGUCACUAACAAAGAGGAACCAAAGGUGCUCUGAGCCAGAUUUGAGGUCAGUGGGACUUGCUGUGGCCCCAGAACCUGGUGCUAACAACUCUAAUCACUCUUCGGAUGCAAAUGCAGUGGAAAUCCCUGUGAAUGAGUCAUUGCAGGCAAGAGCUGCAAGAAUUUUAGGUAUAGAAAUAGCAGUGGAGUCUCUCCUUCCAGAUGACCAUGUUGGGCCCCACCCAGGCGCAAGCCCUUCAAACGGUGCUCAGGACUUUGAGACAUCACUGAUAGGGAGCACAGUAAGUAACAAAGAAGGAAAAAAGGAAGAUUCUUACGAAGGCAGACGAAAGUGUGGCUGGACAGAGAGUGCUCUCUUUGUCAGAGCAGGAGGGCGAUCUUUAUACCCUUUUGAAUCCCAGGCCACUCACCAGGAGGCCAGUGCUAAACCCCUGGUAACUGAGCAAGUUCUUGAACAACCUGUGAGCCCCAGCCAAGGUGAGGACCAAAACUUGGUUUGCAAGUCAGCUGCUUAUCAGCAUUCAGAAAGGAGAGUGAGGAGCACCUCAAAAGUGAUAGAGACACUCCAAGGCAAGCUGACGUCUCCACCCAGCCGGACUGCCAUGGAUCGCUUGGUGCGAAUGAAAGAAGUUGACUCUGUGUCGCGCAUGAGACGUCUGAGCAUUAAGAGCGCAGACUCGGGAGAGGAGGUGGAUGAGGAGAAGCUGUCGAAGGUAUCAGAGGAGAGAGGAAGCAAACUGGCAAGCUCAGGGGCUGUUUCCAAGCGUGUUAUCUCAUUCAGUGAAAAUGGAUGUUUAGGUGGAAUGGACAAGAAGAAGAUCGACAGAGAUUUUUCGUUAGAUACAUAUGACCCCACCAAAGUUGAAAAGGUGUGAGAUUAAUGAAGAAGAGAAUAGAGAAAUUUCUGCUCUACUAAGAAUGUUUCACUGAUUUUUUUCUGGGUGCUUUUUGUUUGGUUUUUGUUCUUUAACAUUUGGAAAUUGUCUCCAUUUGUGAUGUUCAUGGUGUACUGAUAAUGCCUUUACCACUGCCACUAGGAAUUAGCUAUUCAUGUCUGAAACUGUUACGGAGACCACAGAAAAAUGACUUCUACAUUGGAACCAUCUGGCUUUGUAGUGUUUAAGACAAUACCUACCACUGGCAAAGAGUUUUCAUCUGAACUUUAUUUCAGUCUUUAGCAAGGAUAAUGAAAUGCAUCAAGUGAGGUGUUACAUUGGUGUAAAUGUAAACAUGGGAAAUUUGUGAAAUUAUUUUUAAAAGAAUGUGAAUCUAUAAGCUAAACUUCUAAGUAUCUACAUUCUAAACUUUGUUUAACUUAAGGGAUUUUUUGCCAUAAGUAGAAAGUGCUGCUGCACUGUGUGGGGGAAGGAAUGUGAAAGAAUGGUAGCAAAGACUGAUUAUGAAAUUCUCUCUGACUUCCAGAGUUUGAAUUUACUUGGAUUAAAUACAUACUUGCCACCUGUAAGGAAGAAAAAACAAAACCCAAAAUCUUCUAAAAGAUGGAAGACUUUUGUAGUACAGUGUACAGAACAUGUAAUUAUAGUAGCUGGCAACUAUGUUUCAAACCAAUGCAAAGUAUACCACUGGCUGUUUUGCACUCAGUAUUACCUGUUUUUGUUUUGCUGUUUCUUUAUAUGAAAGAAUAGUAGCUAAAUUCUUUAUAUGAAAGAAUAGUAGCUGGUUUAAAAUAGCCCAUUUUAACAAAGUAACUAUAUUUCUUGUUACAGAAUACUAUCUAUUUUUCUACGAUGUAAACAAUUGCUAACAAGUGGCAAGUAUAAAGAAGUAUUAUUAUUAUUAUUAUAAUAAUUAUAAUUAUAUUUUAAGAAGACUUAUUCCUCUGAGUGAAGGUGCCCCAAGCAGAUUUCACUUGUAUAUCUUAAUGCACACAC